CAAAAUCCACCGCCGUCAUCUCCAAAAAUUCAAACAGCAGCUUCAAGCUGUCAAGCGGGCAGCGAGUACGCAAACAACACCUUCCACUUCGUCCAAUUUACCAAUUGGCCAAUCUUGCAGUGGCCCAGACGAGAAUACCUCCAUUUUUCCAGGGAACGUAAAGGCAAAGAAAUCAAAAUCCCAAGAGGAUACCCCAACAAGAACCAUGCCCCUCGACACCUCGACCUACGCCCUCGCCCUCCUCCGCCUCGACGGCCGCCGCUGGAACGAGCUCCGGCGCAUCCACGCGCAGCUCAGCGUGCAAGCCGCCGCCGACGGGUCCUCGUACUUUGAACUGGGCAACACCAAGGUGCUGUGUACGGUCACGGGGCCGGCGGAGAUUCGGUAUGGGCAGGGCGGGCAGACGGGCGGAGGGAAGGCGACAGGAGGAGGCGGGGAUGGCGAGGCGAAGGUGGAAGUUGAGAUUGGGUUCGCCGGGUUCAGUGGGGUGGAGAGGCGGAGGAGGAGGGCUGAUAAACGCACACUGGAACUCCAACACACGCUCCGAACCGCCUACACCACGCUCCUUCUCACCCACCUCUACCCCCACAGCACCAUCUCUCUCCACCUGCACAUCCUCUCCCAAGACGGCUCCCUCCUCGCCGCCUGCAUCAACGCCGCCACCCUCGCCCUCAUCGACGCCGGCAUCCCCAUGACAAACUACCUCGUCGCCUGCACCGCCGCCUCGACCGCCUCUGCAGGAUCCGCAGAGGGUGCAGGGAGCGACGACCCGUUGCUGGAUUUGAACGGGUUGGAGGAAAUGGAGUUGCCUUUCUUAACGGUGGGAAUGGUCGGCGAGAAGGUGAGCGUUUUGGUCAUGGAGACGAGGGUAAGGCAGGAGAGGGUCGAGGGGAUGCUGGCGGUGGCAGUCGAGGGUUGUAGACGGAUGAAGGAGAUUUUGGAUGGCGUGGUGAAGGGGUAUGGGAGGAGGUAUGCGGCGUGAGGGAUGCGGUGGAAAUGGGUUCGCAAGGGAUAAUCAUUCCUUCUUCAGUGAGCGCACGGGACCGGGAAUGGCACGAUGUCGAUUGAUGCUGCCCUUGGACAGUGGGAUUUUGACCAUGUCGAGCCUUGCGAAGGCAGCAUCACCGCUAUGGGAGACCCCUCCUCCUACCAUCAGCAUACGCGCGAUCUGUCCCGCGUCCUCCCAGCGCCACGGCCAUGAGAAGCAACCCCUUUCGAGCUGGGAACUUGAGACAAAGACACCUAUCAAGCGAGAGCGAGAUAGCCAGCAUCUCGGAAAUGCUGUGAUCAGACUAGAGUGUAGGAUUUGACAUUCGAGAAGGAGAGGAUGAGCAUGACACUGAAAAGCUGGUGUAGUAGAAUAGAGCCAGCCGGAUGACCCUCCACGUCAUAGGGCGAUGGAACAAGCAAUGCAAAUAUGCUAUGUAAGAAACUUGAAAUCUCACGAGUGAUAUCUCAU